GUAGUGUAGUACCUUGGGUUUUCUUUCUGAAUAUUGAUUUAACUCAGACUUUGCUGGCAUGGAUCUGCAAUUGGUGUUGCAUCUUUUGAUACAGGGAAUAAGGCUUCUCAGUAGAGAAUUCUUCAUGGCUUCUAUUAGUACAGUGGAAAUGUUCACAAUACUCCUGAAAAAAAUAAUUUUUAUGGUACAGUGUUUGUGUGUUCCUUGUAUUAUUUAGUAGUUAGCUAUUGCAAAUGAUUUUAUGAGUAUUUUUACUAAGUUUCUCUAUAAUUGUAAUAAUCUUGGCAUCUUUUGAGGAGGGAAAACCUGCAUAAAUAUUAAAUAGCUCAAGGAUCGAAGGAAGGAAGAAGUGAGUGAGUUUACAAAAGAAAUGCUAGUUGUAUCUCAUUUUGUUAAUACUAAUGUAGUUGAUGUGGUCUUUCUGUUAAUCUAAAUCUCAAUUGUAGUUUGUGGAAUUUCUCAAAAUUAUAUGUGCUUGAGAUUUUCCUUCCUCUCCUCCCCUUUGUUUAACUCUUCAUCAAAAAUAGGAGAUUCUGGUGUCUGGGGAUUGAAAAAGAACUUUGCUUUGUUGGAACUCUUGGAACGGUUGCAGAAUGGACCUGCUGGGCAGUAUGGGACAGCUGAAGAAGGCAUUGGUCUGUCUGGAGAGAGCAUCAUUCGUUGCGAUGAAGAUGAAGCCCAUGUUGCAUCCGUGUAUUGCACUGUUUGUGCCACUCACCUGUGUGCAGACUGUUCCCAGCUUACUCAUUCUACUAAGACUCUAGCGAAGCACAGGCGUGUACCUCUUGCUGAUAAGCCUCAUGAGAAGACUAUGUGCUCCCAACACCAAGUGCAUGCCAUUGAGUUUGUUUGUUUAGAAGAGGGCUGUCAGGCGAGUCCUCUCAUGUGUUGUGUCUGCAAAGAAUAUGGGAAGCAUCAAGGUCAUAAGCAUUCUGUCUUGGAACCAGAAGCGAACCAGAUUCGUGCGUCCAUUUUGGACAUGGCUCACUGUAUACGAACUUUCACAGAAGAAAUCUCAGAUUAUUCCAGAAAAUUAGUUGGAAUUGUUCAGCAUAUAGAAGGAGGAGAGCAAAUAGUUGAAGAUGGAGUUGGAAUGGCCCAUACUGAGCAUGUACCAGGGACUGCAGAGAAUGCUCGAUCAUGUGUCCGAGCCUAUUUUUCUGACCUUCAUGAAACCCUCUGUCGUCAGGAGGAAAUGGCUCUUAGUGUUGUUGAUGCUCAUGUGAGAGAGAAGUUGAUUUGGCUUAGGCAACAGCAAGAAGACAUGACCAUUCUCCUGUCACAGGUUUCAACAGCUUGUCUUCACUGUGAAAAGACUUUACAACAGGAUGACUGCAGAGUAGUGUUGGCCAAACAGGAAAUUACAAGAUUGCUGGAGACAUUACAGAAACGGCAGCAGCAGUUCACAGAACUUGCAGAUCAUGUACAACUGGAUGCUAGCAUACCAGUCACUUUUACAAAGGACAACAGGGUACAUAUUGGACCAAAAAUGGAGAUUCGGGUUGUUACUUUAGGAUUAGAUGGAGCUGGCAAAACAACUAUUUUGUUUAAGUUAAAGCAAGAUGAAUUCAUGCAGCCAAUUCCAACAAUAGGUUUUAACGUUGAAACAGUAGAAUACAAGAAUUUAAAGUUUACUAUUUGGGAUGUAGGAGGAAAGCACAAAUUGAGGCCUUUGUGGAAACAUUAUUAUCUCAAUACGCAAGCGGUGGUGUUUGUUGUUGAUAGCAGUCACAGAGACAGGGUCAGUGAAGCAUACAGUGAACUUGCAAAAUUAUUAACGGAGAAGGAAUUGCGGGAUGCCUUGCUCUUGAUCUUUGCUAAUAAACAGGAUGUAGCAGGUGCUCUUCCAGUGGAAGAAAUCACAGAACUGUUAAGUCUCCACAAACUCUGCUGUGGCCGUAGCUGGUAUAUUCAGGGUUGUGAUGCCCGAAGUGGUACAGGACUUUAUGAAGGAUUGGACUGGCUUUCAAGGCAGUUAGUGGCUGCUGGUGUCCUGGAUGUGGCUUAACUUUAUAUCAGCUGCAAUUUAAUGUUGUAGUUUCUGGUUUGGUUUUGUUUGCACGAUUUAGGGUGUUCUCACCAGGUCUGCUCUCUGAGGAGGGGUCUUUAUUUUAGUUGUUGGUUGCAAAAAAAUAUAAACCUUGGUCUUUGAUUGGAUAAUUGGUUCAGAAAACUUGUGGUUUUGAAAGCUGAUACAUUUACAUUUAGUGAGAUGGAAAAGUGUUACAAGGAUGGCUUGAAAUUCCUUUUUGUGAUAUUGUUACAAUUUAAAUUUUUUCCCCUGAUAAAAUUUGCAUUGGAUUUCAUAUAAUAAUUACAAUGAAGUUACAGUAGUUAAUUUGUAUUAUAAAAAUUCUGAGUAGUUUAGAAAUACUUUCCCAUGAAACUAUUCCAAAAUCCAUCUUAAGUUUAUUAGAAUAGCCAGCUCUAUUAGUUAGAAAGAAAUGGUGCUACUCUUUAAUAUAGAAAAAAUCCGUAAAUAUAAAGGUAGCAUUGAAACUUACAUGCCGCUACACCAUGUAAAGAAAAUGCUUCCCUUAUUAUUUACUAAUCUCCUUGUUUGUUACAAGAAGGCACCAUAACUGCACAAAGAAAACUCAGAAUGGAGAAGAGUGUUGCAGAGCAAAGGGGCUAUGGCAUUGUUUAGCAACUUGUUUUGUAUCUUGGGGGCAGGGGUUACUUGGGUUUUUCAUGCUGAAUUAUUUAUGGGCAUACUAUGGUGAUACUGAGGUGAAAGUGUUUUGUGCACACUUGGGGACAUAAUCUGCCUUUAGAGGUUGUUUACUCUUCAAGAAGUCAAAUUAAAUUUAAAUAAACUUCUUGAAGAGGUAGUAUGGUGUAAUGUCAAUCCAGCUAUAUGCUUUUAUGUAGAAGUCAUCAUUUCAGAUUAAGGUCGUGGCCUUAAAAUAUUCAAUAACACAAUGUAAAAACAGUGUACACUAAUCAUAAGUCUUUAGAAGGGUAGAUAGUAAAAUGUGAUAUAAACCUUCCAUAAUUAGAUUUUCAGUUUUUACUAUAUCUUUUAUGUGAAAUAUGGGUGUAGGGCUGUUUAAAUUUAGAGAAGGUUGCAGUGACUAGGUGAUAUCUCGUUGAUGUGCAGCUCUGCAGAGCAAUUCUGUCUGGUGUGCACACCAGAAUCUUCUUCCCUUCUCUCUAAGUCCAUGGCCACUGUCAGCUGAAGAAGCUAUGCUGUGGACCUUCUUCAUGCUGGUAGAGGAGCUAUGACAACUGUGGAGCAGUAGAUCAAAACUCUGUAUCAUUGCUUUUCUUACUAGAGUAGAGUUGAAUCAGGAGAACUAGAUAGCGCAAGUGAACAGUGUUGUUUCACAGACAUGGAGUUAUUUUUGCCAUGCUGAAAAGUGUUUACCUAGGAGAGCUCUGAACCUCAUGUAGCAAAGGAAGCAUAUCCCGUUAUCUGUGGCUUUGCUUUCAUUGUAUUAUUAGGAAUUUUAUGCUGUUUUCCUACUACAUACCUUAGAUAAAGCCAAGAAUGUAUAAGCAAAUAAUUUAGUGCAUUUGCACUUUUCUAUUAGAGGAAGUAGUUAAUGUAACUAUUUCCUUAUAAUGACACUUGUUACUCAAAUUUCACAUAAAUUAUGUUAAAUGCAACUUCAGAUUCAGCAAGUCUAGUGACUUGAAUAAUACCUGAAGGGAACACUAAGCUUAAAUAGUUUAAUGUUUGUGAAGUGGUCUUCAAUGCCUACACAUGUACAGAUACUGAGACAGAGUAUUUACUCUUUCUUUAGACAACCUGAUAAAUUUGGAAAUCGUUUAUAAUGGAGUGAGCGUGGGGUUUUUGCACAUACCAAACUUAAAAUUAUUCAUUGUUCCCAGCCUGUAACUUCUUGCACAAUACACAGUUGGUGGCUGUAGUUUGAGUAUCUGCUUAGCCUGUACUGCAGACCAACCCCUGACCUAGUUAGGGCUGACUGUCCCUUCACAGCUCUUCUUGAAAUAUGAACAAAUUCUGCUGAGUACAGUAGAUACCUUUUCCCGUAAUAUUUUUAACAGAAGACAUGCAUUCUUUAGAAGAAUCCUGAUUUAGUUUUAUUUUAUCUGGCUUAGGCUUCAAUGACACAUGCUGCUCAGUAUAGUUCUACUUCAAAAUGUUCAAGGUGACUAGUUUAUAUUUUAACAUUAAAUUUGAGGGCAGAGGAAAAAUUCUCACUCAUACAUACACAUUUUCAAGUAAAAGUGAUUGCUUGUGACACAUGGAAUGCUACCAUGAAAGUGUUUUUAAAUUGAAUUUAUUUAAGGUGACUUGAAAUAAAUGUGAAAGUGUUGCAUUUGUCUGUGAACUCUUCAGUGUGGAGAACACUAAGAGGUUUAUUCGUAUUAUACAUUAAUACAACAUAUAAACUGCUUCAGUUAUAAAUGUAAGCUUGUUUCAUCAGUUUUACUGAACUUUAGUUUUUAGUGUACUGACCUACGGAAUAUGUAAUUGGAAUAUUUCUUCAACUGGAACUCACUAAGGCAGUGCUAACUGUUUAGAAAGACUGAAUUAACUUUUCAAAGGAUUUUGAUGUAAUUUUGAAAUUGAGUAAAUGCGACAUCCAGUGAAUGUGUUGUGGCUUUCUUUAAAGAACCUCAUCUCAAAAAUAGUACAUCUAGGCUAAAUGAAGUCAUGUUUUAUCACUCAUGUUUCUGUAUUCUAUCUUCAAAAUUAUUGGGAACUAUGAGAGUCUGAUUCUGGGAGUAGAUGAGUAGAUGCAGAUGUUAUGUAAAGAUUCCUUUAAAGAAAGGGCUCUUUUAGUAGAAAAAAUUCAUGAGCUGCUGCAAUUUGCAUUGCCCAGAAAAUUUCUUUUCAAUAAAAGUAUGUAAAGCCUUGAGAA